AUGGUACAGCAACACGCCUUGCAGGGGCUGCCGGGCAUACCCACCCUCUUCCGUGCCGCCACGCCCAGACGCCCUGCAAUCUUUCCGAAGCCCCUCAGGGUGCUAGCUAUUGAGACAUCAGCGGACGACACAUGUGUUGCUCUAUUCAAAUGCUCUGCUGGGACACGGCCGGGUCGUCUGGCUUACAGCGAGCGAGUUUCUUGUCCCAAUCAUGAACUCCGAGGGAUCCACCCGGUAGAGGCUGUGAAGAGCCAUACCAAGCACUUGCCCGCACUCGUCCACAAGGCGAUGCAGUCGCUGGUGGCCGCCACGCACCAUGCCGGAUAUAUUCCGAUAUCAACUGAAGAAGUAAUUUCCUCAAAGCCAGAUCUAAUAGCCGUGACUCGAGGUCCUGGCAUGGGCGGCUGUCUCAGCGUCGGUGUGAAUACGGCUAGUAACGCCGUCGCCUGGUCAGUACCGGUCAUCGGCGUUCACCAUAUGCAGGCACAUGCCCUGACCCCACUGAUGGAAAGAGAGUUGUAUGAGGACCCAUCAGCCCGCAGCCCUGAAAAAAGCUACCCCUUUCUCACACUUCUUGUAUCCGGAAAGCACACGAUGCUGGUAUACACCAAGUCGGCCCUCAGCCACCGGAUCCUGGCUUCGGUGGAAGGUAUAGCUCUAGGCGACGUGCUGGACAAGUUUUCCAGGGAGGUAUUACCCCGAGGCUUUGUUCCCAAGGGUGCCACGACCGUCGUCUAUCCUAAACUUAUGGAGCGCUUCGUGCAAAUGCUCGACCCGACAGCCAAUUACCAAGCCCCCCCCACGCGCCACCAGGAACUUCUGAGCUACAAGUCCUGGUAUGGAUGGGAAAUUAGGCCACCGCUGGCAGAGUCCAAGGAGCUGGUAUACAAUUUCACCUCUCUUCAUGGUAAUACCUUACAGCUUCUAUCCCAAAAACCUGAUAUGUCAAACAACGAGAGACGAGAGCUGGCUCUUCAUACAAUGAGACUUGCUUUCGAGCACGUUAUCAGCAGAGUCGUCCUGGCCCUCCAAAACGACAGCGAACUGGUAGCACAGCGCCCAAAGACUCUUGUCUUGUCCGGCGGCGUGGCAAGCAACAUGUUCCUACGCAAAGUCGCCCAGUCCAUGCUCGCAGCCCGCGGCUUCGAGGACAUCAAGCUGAUCGCACCAAGCCAGCAGUUCUGCACCGAUAAUGCCGCCAUGAUCGCUUAUGCCGGAGCAGAGAUGUUCCGCGACGGCUGGAUCUCGAGCCAUGAGUUCACGCCAAUGAACACCUGGAGCAUCGAG